CGUAGUUCACAUUUCCGGUGAAUUUUCGAUUUUUUGUUUGAACAAGUUUCUAAGAAAUUAUUUUCAAGAUACUUAUAAUCAUUUAAAGAUGUGCGAGAAUUUGCAAUUGAUAUUUGCAGUUUUCAGAAUGGGGGUUUAUUCUCUGUUCCGAAGAUUGUGUUGUGGUGGGCCUCCCCCAGCGAGGCCAACAUUUAAUGUCCUGUGUUUGGGACUCGGAGGCUCAGGAAAAAGUUCCCUUCUCGCAAAAGUCAGUGGUGAAUCGACAGAUGCAAUAGAACCAACUGUGGGUUUCAGCAUAAAGGCUUUGAUGUUUGACUCAUGUUUUGUUGAUGUCAAGGAACUAGGAGGUGGGGACAAUGUGCGGCCUUACUGGAACAGGUAUUACGGUGGCUCCCAGGGCGUGAUAUUUGUGGUGGACAGCUCUGCUGAUAGUUCCACCAUGGACAAGUGCCUUGCAGCAUUUGACGAGGCUCUCAGUCAUCCGGAGCUGGACGGUCUCCCCCUGCUCGUUCUGGCCAACUUUCAGGACAAACCCAGAGCACGCAGGGAAGACGAGGUCGUAAAUCUACUGAAUCUUGGUAAUUUAACUCGACCUUGGGCGAUCCAAGGCUGUAUGCUCCAAGAUAAGGACAGCAUUGUGAAGGGCUUUGACACUUACAAUAAGAUGCUGUUAGCCCAGGGGAGAAACACCGGGGACUUUGACAAGAUAUAGGAGGGUAGGUUACAACAGUGUGACACAUACGCAGAGGACAUCGUUGUUUAUAGUGCUCAUAUCUCAGAUAUUUAGUGAUUGGAUGUGAUUUUGUAGACAAACAUCCCCGGCUUAUACCAAUAUGAAAAGUGUCAGUGCAGCUAAAUGUUCAAUCUUAAACGUGGAAAUAGUUCGCUAGAACAAGGGUUUGGAGGUUAAAGGAUAGAAAGAAAGGGAAGUAUUAAAAGAUAAAGAGAGUUUUUGAAAUCCUUAGCUAGAUCAUGAAUAUUUAAAAGGUUUAUGUUGUAUAUAGAUUCAUCACAUUCAUUUUAAGGGACAUUUUAUUCUGGUCAACUUAUAAAUUUGACUUCAUUUUUCAUGUUUCCAAGAAUAUGUACAUGUAAGCUGCUUAUAAGGACAGAGGUGUAACGUAACGUUACUUAUUUUAAGAUGGUUGGUAUUAUCCUGGUAUUUGAAUUUCUUAAUGUUUAAAAUCCAUAUAAGAUGUCACUGGAUACUUAAUUGUGGUGCCCAUUGGGUGACUAGAAGGUCAACUAUCCUGUCAAGGUUAUAUGUUCUUCUUUUUAUUUAAAACAUUUGGCAUUAUGCUUAAAGCUAACAAAUAUUAAAGAUAAUAUUUUUUUUCUUAUUGCAGUUCAUAUUCAAAAAUGAGGUGAAGCGGUUGACAUUUUAAUUUAAUAGUAUAAUAGUAAUUUAAUAGUCCCUUAUUAAAAGUUGUGAUUUUGUAAUUAAAAUGUUUUUGUUUUUUAAAAGUUAUUGUUUGAAGUUAUUUGUGAUGAUCAAAAUUGACUAGUAAUAGAUUCCAAGAACAAUACCUGUCUUGGCCAUGUUUUUGUUUCAAUUAUUUUAAUAUUUUAUUUGCACUUCAAAAAAAUGCAAUUCUAUGUUUAUUCGAAGUCUUUUAACAAAAUGAAUUUAAUAUUUCCUUGUGUAGCCUGUCCAUGGCCAACAUUUAUGUAACAUAUCAUCUCUUUUCGAGUAACCUCAUUUCUGUCCUAUCUGUUGAUGCUAUGAUCUGUUCUAUAUUGAUCUGUUCUAUAUUGAUCUGUUCUAUAUUGAUCUGUUCUACCGGUAUAUUGUUUACUGUUUACUGUGAUAGUUUUGUUGUCUCAAGUUGUGGUUUAAGAUAUUGUUAAUUGUGAGUACAGAGUACAGAGAUUGUAUGAGCUAUUUUAAUAUGGCGUAAUCAUAUUUUCAAGGUUUAGACUAUCACGUGACAAACUUUUCCUUUCCUAACAGAUACCUGUUGUUUUAAGAAAAACUGUGUGAGUAUUGUGAUAGCCUUAGUUUCCUUACUGUUGGCAUCUGUGACAUCUUAGUGCAAAAGCUACAUCUCAAAAACAGUUCAAGUUCUUGUAUGAAACUUGGUAUAUUGGUAACUUUAACAUAAUGUUAAAGGUAAUAUACAUAUGUUCAGAAAGGUCAAUAACUCAUGCUUUAAUCAUUAUUGAGUUGUGCCCUUUGUUCGACCAGGAAAAAAGCAACAGGAAAGCUUUUGCAUUCACUCUGCAGUGCUCUUCUAAUCAUACGUCAUAAUAAAAAACUAUUGACCAUGUAUACAGAUAAAAAAUAAUGACAAACAUACAAAAAAAUUAUGAUUUAUAUGGAUUGAUUCCAAAUUUAAAUAAUAGUUUAAUAUGCAGAAAGGUUGGACCACAAGUUAUUAACAUUAUUAGUUACGAUACCUGUAUACACCUCUACAUUUCAGUGGGUUUCACUGAAUUUCCUAUGGAAUGGUACUGUACUGUUUUAAUCGGAACUUAUUCUCUGUUUUUAAGUUGAAUAAAAACAACACACAAACAGAUAAGAAUAUCAAUGAUGAAUCUUGAUUCCUCAGGUUUGCCAUGAACUAUCUAUUGGUAGCUGUUUUUCUUGUUUUGUCAAUGUGCAUGUCAUCUAAACAUACUGACAUAUAAAUCAUUCAUAGACAUGUUUUACAUUUGUGCAUUUUGCAUAAUAGACUGACUGCAAUAUUAAAUAUUGCCCACAUAGUCAUCUGUUCCAGCCAGUUGAUUUUUUUAUUUAUUGUGAUAUAGUUUAAUGUUUUGUUAGUAUUGAUAUUUUUUAUAUUAAACUAAGGUUGUUGUAUGUUUGCAGCCUAAAAUAAAUAAUACAUAAAGA